CACUGCAAGUCAGACAGUUUUCGGUGCUCGUGGGAGGCGAAAGGAUCUCAUUACAAUCUACUCUUUAAAAAAUUACAUUCUUCACUUUAAAAACAAAAUGGAAUUCCAUUUUUUUAUAACUUCCACUCGUCAUUGAUGGAUCCAUUUAUUUCCUGAGGAUUUUUCACUCCAAAAUUCCAUUUCUCACAUUUUUUAGAUCAACAAAAAAAAAACUAAUGAUUAUUUUUUUUUCGGAAUUAAAUUAUACCUCAAUGAAAUAUCAAUUACAUUUUUUUAUAAAAAGCACAAGUUUUUGGUCUCUUCCUGGGGAUUUGGGAAAUAUUUUUUUUUUUAGGGAGUAGAUUUGAAGUGAUGUGGAUUGUCUGAAUUUUUUGAGAAUAGAGAUGAGGAAGUCUUGGGGAUUAUCGAAUUUAAAAAAGAGACAACUGUUUUGAUGGAAGUGGGUAUUAUAUAGGGGCGUCAGUCAAGCCCACACGUAACAUCUCGGUGCGAUUAUUCAUGCACAUUGCGCCCUCGUGACAAUAGACAAGAGAGUGGGCCACCCGUGGGCCAGUCGUGAUCAAGAUCCCAGUGAGUCCAAGGGUUUUAACAAUGAGUGUUUUGCUGUGGAGACAGAGGCGUCUGAUUCUCAAGAGUCUUACAAGGGAAGAUGAGGAAUGGAGCGACUCGGAGAAGACCCCGUCGGUGAGCAGUGGAGUGGAGGGACCUGGGUCGGCGGUGUCCAGUCCAGCCCCGACGAACCAGGAAGACAGCCCGCCACCUCCAAGACUGAUAAUCCCCCAGAAUAUCCUGGGUAACAGUAAUCCCGAAGAUUUUCGUUUGCGUUUAUCGAGCCUCGAGGAUGCGAGAAAGCGAAUCAACAGUCUGGCUGAUGAUUUCGAGGGGCUGAAGCGGAUGAAAUCGAGUGGAAGGGAUUCCUCGAGUCCAAAGCCAUCUCAGGAUGGUUCACCAUCACCGAGGGAUAACGACACCCGCUCACGAAAGAGGGACAACCGUCGAUCGUCAGAGGAUUCUGUGCGUUCAGAGGAUCAUUCCGACCCGAAGAAACUCCGUCUCGAUGAUGACUCGAUUCCUCGACUACGACUCAAUGCAAGUCUCGCCACAGAUCCAGCACUUCGUCCAGCCACUGUAGCAGCCCUCACCAUCAAACCGGACAGCAUAUCACCACCAGAGCCACGAUCAGAUCCAACUCCACCACUACCCCCAGGUCUUCAGAAUGCCAUUGCAGCGGGUCGACUGUACGUUCUACCGACAGAUGGAAAAGAAUCGAUAACAGUGGAGCCCUCACGACCAAUGCCCCUUAUCUGUCUGCCAUGUGGCAUCAGAUUCUCGUCGGCGAGCACCCUCGAGGCUCACAAGACCUUUUACUGCGCCCAUCGUCCGAGAAUUGACGAGGAAAGUGCCAAUGACGAUGACGACGAGAAAUCGACGAAAUUCGAGGUCAGAAAGGCAUACGCCUGCCCUCACUGCUCUUACUCAGCUGACAAAAAGGUCUCCCUCAAUCGUCACAUGAGGAUGCACGCAUCUUCACCAGCACCAGCACCACCAGCACCAUCACCCACUCAGACAGCGCCAACACCAGUGAUAACCAACAGCACAUCCAAUGGUUCAAUGAAUGAAGAGGCUGAACGUCACUGCAGAAAUUGUGAUAUAAGAUUCAGCUCGUUGAAGACUUAUCGAGCACACAAGACUCAUUACUGCAGCACAAGGCACGUCGUCAAGGACACACCAACACCAGUGUCAUCCAAGGGAUCACCACCGGCUAGCUCAAGUCCUGGGGACUCGCCACCCCCUCAAACCUGUCUCGCUCUUCCUACUAAUCCUAUUCUCAUUGUUCCUUGCUCUCUACUCAGGGGUGCAUCCUUUCUCGCUGCCCCAUCGUUGCCUGCCCCUGAUACCGCCUGCUUUCUCCUGCCAAAUGGCUCACUCCAGCCCAUGACUCGAGGUAUCACUGGUAAUUCAACCGAGAGUACAGCGUGCCCUCAAGUACUCAGGGUCGCUAACAAAAGUGCAACACCUGUCAGUGUACCACCAGCCCCUGCAACACCAACAUCACCCUCAUCCACUGGAUCAUUUCCCCUCGAUCUGAGUAUGAGACGAUCACCGGUUCAUCAGGAUGAGAAGGAGAACAGAGUAUCACCAGCUCCGUCAUUACCUGCACCAUCCGGGAGUCCGAGGUCCAGGGGAAGUGUCAGUCCGAGAACUAGAUCUUUACCAUCCAGUCAGAGCUCUUCGGCUGUUGGCACUGCACCACCCACUGAAUUAGCUCUCAGGUUAACUGAGCUACCACCACCUCCUGUGCCCAGUGUUCCUGGGGUACUCGUUAAACAGGGGGUCAGCAGGUGCAAAGAGUGCAAUAUUGUGUUUUGCAGGCAUGAGAAUUUUGUUGCUCAUAAAAAGCAUUACUGUCAGGCUAGGGAAAAUACUGUUUCUAGUCCACCACCCACUGGUACACCAUCACCACCACUUGUUCAACUGAUUUGCGCUGCCUGUGGAAUUAAAUUUGCAUCGAUGGAUAAUUUGGUAGCACAUCAGGCGUUCUACUGUCUCAAACGACCUGAGAAUCAGGAACAUCACACCAGGUGCCCCAAGUGUAAGACGAUGAUUGAGGCAGGUAGCACGCACACGUGCUCGAGUGGUCCGACAGGUGGGUGGAGGUGUCCAGUUUGUGGUGCUGUUAGUCCGACAGCAGGCGCCGCCCAGCGUCACAUGGACGCUCAUCAGGGUGUCAAGGCAUUCAGGUGUACGAUAUGUCGGUACAAAGGAAACACUCUACGAGGAAUGAGAACGCACAUCAGAAUGCACUUUGAAAAACGAGGAACUGAUCUUCAGGAGGAAAAUUACAUAACGUGCGUUCUCGAUGAUGAUGCGACAGUUCCCACCCCCGAGCCAGCUCCAGCGACAACCCCCGAGGAAAUAACCACCGAUGUACAAGUGAAUGGAAAGAGUGAGCCACGAAAAAGUCCUCUACCUGCACUACCUGUUCUACCACCACCUCCACCACCGCCGAUACAGCAGUCGACGACACCCACUGCAGGUGGCAAAGUUAAACAGGAGAGGGAGGAAACACCACCACCCGAGGAGAGCCUCGAUCCGAACAAAACUGGACCCAGGUACUGUCGUUCCUGCGACAUAAGUUUCAAUUACCUUAGCACAUUUAUCGCGCACAAAAAAUUCUACUGCUCCAGUCACGCUGGUGAAGCUAGUAACAAUAAUAAUAAUUCAAACAAUAAUAAUAAUAAUAGCCACACUACGAGCCCAUCGAGCAGGACCGAGGCUUCUGUACUUUAAACAUUUUAAUGUUGAGCUGGAUUAAAUAUUUUUUAUCGGAAAUUCAACUCUUGGAUUCAUAAAUAUAAAACCCUCCGAUUAAAUAAACUGAGACAAAUCCAAUUAUUUUAUUUUGGUAAAUAUCGAUUUAUCUUUUUUUUUGAAUGUGUAAUUAGAUAUGAAAAUGGUCUGUAGUGUUUCUACUUUGAAUAGAUAGAUUUCGGGAUAAAUGGAUAAUUAGGGAAAUGAUGAAUUGGAUUUAUCUCGGUUUAUCAAUUCGUCGGGGAGUUAAUUAAUAUUUUAUCCAGCCCUGACACAAAAAUUGAUAUUCUGUAGUUGAGUGGAGUGAAUAAAUCCCGAGACAUUGAUUUUUUCACUUCACUCGAACAGAUUUUUGAAAACAAUACGAAAUCGAUAGUGAUUUAUCACUGAUCGAUCAACCAUAGGACUGUUAAUUGUUGCCAGUUUAUAAUACGUAAGAAAUAAUUUUCUUAGUUAAACAAAUAUAUAUUGCGUGAUUUUAAUUGAUUUUUUUCUUCGUUGAAUCCAGGGAAUUGUUCGUACUUAUAAGUAAACGAUCUGUAAAUAGAAGUGGAGAAAUGAAGUAGAUGAGCAUGACGUGGAGAUUGCAGGGUUAAUCGAUCAAAUCGUCCUGUAAAUAAAAUAAAUUCAACUGUCGAAUUCGUAAGACGAUUGAAAUUUGAUUGUUGAAAACAUCACUUCAAUGUUCGUUUUAUUUUUCUCGUGGAGAUUUUCUUAUUCAUUGGGCCCAACGAGUGGGUGUGCAAUCUCAUGACUCUCGAAAUAAUCUCGUAGGUAGUAACUAAAACUUAUCGUCAUACGUAAAAGGAAUUUUCAAAUCGUAAAAAAAAUUAUGAGAAAUAGUAUCGAUGGAUGGAGUGUAAAAUGUUGUACAGUAGGUGAAAAAUCGAGUAGAGUAUUACCAUUUUAACGAGAAAAUACGUACGAUAAUGAUCCUGUAAUGAUACCAAUCUCAGCUUGUGAAUCUAUUAAGUUACGUUGCAAUAUAACAUUUAAUAUAUUAUACAAAUAUAAAUAAAUCUAGUUUGCGCUCGCGUUAAUUCUGCUGUUUCCAUGGGAAAACGGAAUUGAUUGAAUUUUAUUUUCAUUAAUUUGUCCCAAUUGAUCGUGAAGUGGACAAGUUAAUGUGACUAUUGCAUCGUGGAGGAGACGGUGAGUCAAAUAAAAAUCAUUUACACAAAUUUUUGAUUGGAGUAUCUGUGAUCUGAGGUCGACAACUGUCCACUUUUCCCGGGGCAUUCAAUCACUGAAAUUGUAAUCAAGGGAAUAAUUAAUU